AUGUCAGCAUUUAAAACAACUGAAAAGCGCAAAACUUAUAGUCUUAGUAGUGAAGAAUCUGAUUGGAAUACUUUAAAAGUUUGUUCCGUAUCAAUAACAGAAUGUAUCUUACCGAAAUCUAUUGAAGAUUUGUUUCGUCCCUUAUGUAUCGGUACAGCACAGGGCAAAAUGCAAAUUGGGACCAAACCAUUUGCACAAGGAAGUUUACGAUAUGCUUAUUACGGCAAAUUAGUUCUCAUUGAUUCUUGUGUUUUUGAUGUUGUUUAUAAAGAAUUAAUUAGUGCUGAUUCAAAAUAUAGUUCCCUUACAGCAUACAGACAACAUUUAGAAAUUCAUACUAUUGCACAAUUUCUUGCUCAUCUUUUCAAUCAAACUCUACAAAAAGUCAUUCGAAAUCCUAUUGAAAUUGUCUAUGCUGAUGCUGAUAUCGUUCAACGAGUCGACGAUGAAACAAAAAUCUAUCAAGUAGAACGACGAUUAAAUCAAACUAUUCAAAAAUGGAAUAAUAAUUGUGGCGGUGUUGAUUUUGUUGAUUAUUCCACAGUCUUACAAGCUUUUUCACAUUGGACAUAUCAUCAAACAGCUGGUCGUAUCAUGGUUGUUGAUUUACAAGGUGUCAAAUCAGCAACAGAUAAUAAAUAUUUACUUACGGAUCCAGCAAUACAUUUUGAUGACAUAAGACGUUAUCGAGAAGCGAGAACAAAUCUUGGUGUUAAAGGAAUGAAAGAAUUCUUACGUACACAUGUUUGUUCUGAAGUAUGCCACGGUUUGGGAUUAGAAAAGGUGAAGAAUGAAAUUGAUGAAAAUGUAGCAAAAGAACUUUAUAAGCCUAGUCGAAUAGGAACAGUACUCGAAGAGGCAGAAGAAUAUUGA